AUGGCUACCGAAAUAAAAUGCAAAGAAUUAAUAAAGAAACGCGCUUCAAUUAAGGCGAAGCUUACACAGUUUAUUGCUUAUUUAAAUACUGCUAAAACUUGCGAACGACUUAGUGAUUCGCAGUUAGUGGAAUUAGACAUGCGCAUUAAAAAAUUAGAUGAUUCGUACAAUUCUUUUGAUAAUUACCAGAGCGAAUUGGAGAUGCUGGUUGAGGAUCCUGCUGAGCAAUAUGCUGAGCGCGAGCUGUUCGAGCGGUCUUACUACAAAGAGAUUGCCGCCGCUCGGGAGCUGGUGGACAGGCAUCGCAGCCAACACGCCAAGGAGGUUCAAUCCGAGGUAGGCUCCAAUGAAUGCCCAACGGUAGUGUCUAAUAAACACGGUAAUGUAAGGUUGCCAAAAAUCAAUUUACCACAUUUCAGCGGCGGCUAUCAGAAUUGGCUGGAGUUUAAAGACAUUUAUGUUUCCUUAAUUCAUACUGAGACAAGUAUCGACAACAUAAACAAGUUUCACUACCUGCGCGCCUCUCUUCAUGGAAGCGCGGCCUUGGUGAUUAGGAGUUUAGACUUUAAGGGCGAUAACUACGAUGCCGCUUGGAAGCUCCUUUGUGAACGAUACGACAAUAAACAGUUGCUUGUCAACAAUCACGUCCAGGCACUGUUUAAUGUUGAGCAAGUGCAUAAAGAGUCCAGCGUGGCAUUGCGACAGAUUGUUGACAACACAAAAAAGAAUUUAAAUGCUUUAGCGACUCUUGACCAGCCAGUACAACACUGGGAUACAUUAAUUAUCCACAUCAUGGCUGCCAAAUUAGACGGAGUCACAAGCAGGGAAUGGGAGGAACAUAGGAAUCAGCUGACCAACCCUCCUGCACUUAGUGAUUUCAUAACCUUUCUUAGCAAUAGGUGCAAUCUUUUGGAAACCUUAGAGGAAGCCAAACAUAAUAGGGCUAGGACGGACACGUUCGUCAACAACAAAUCAAAAAGCCUUGUUGCUUCAACAAGUAACGUCAGUAAGCCUAAAACUUACAACAUAACUUGCCCCUUAUGUAAUAAAACUCACUACGUCUUUAACUGCGACACUUUCAGGGCUUUGCCAGUGGAGCAACGGAUGCUCAAGGCCAAGGAGUUUAAAGUGUGCCUAAAUUGCUUACGCCCCGGGCAUAACGAGGGUAAGUGCAAACUUAGUCACUGCAAAUAUUGCAAGACCAAGCACAACACACUUCUUCACGUCCAUGCUGAACCUAAUAGGGCCACGUCAGAGCACGUAGCCUUUUCCGCGAAUGCCCACGGUGAUGACGAGUCCGAACACGUCUUGCUUUCAACAGCCCUAGUCAAUGUACGCGAUAGUGGCGGUAAAUUGCAUAGCGUUAGGGUCUUAUUAGAUAACGGCAGUACAUCUAACUAUAUAACUCAGGACUUAGCUGAGAGGCUUAAACUGCCACUUAAAAAUAAAAAUUCAACUGUCACCAUGCUUGAAAAGCAUGAAUCAAGUAUAACCCAAUCAUGCUCUCUUAAAUUGGAGUCUUCUGAUGGAGGUUUUAGCACUGACAUAAAGUGCAGCAUAUUGUCCGAUAUUACGUCACCAAUACCUCAUACUUACAUUGACGUAACGAACAUACCUAUGCCUUCGGGAAUUCGACUCGCCGAUCCUUCAUACACCGAACCUGCUGACAUUGAAAUUCUUCUUGGGGCUAAGAUGUUCUGGAGAGUUCUCGGCAGUAAUCGCAUCAUGUUUGGCGAAGACGAUCCCUUCCUCGUAGAGACAAAGCUAGGUUGGCUCUUAGUAGGCGCCAUAGAUCAACCUACCUCUGUCAAACCAGUUUGCUUGUUCGUGACUGACAAGCAAACUGACUCGUCUCUUACAAAGUUUUGGGAGCUUGAUACUAUAUCCCCAAAACAUGAUUUCACACCGGACGAAAACGUAUGUGAAGAGCUCUUCAAUAAAACCACCAAGAGAAAUGAAGAUGGGCGCUUCGUAGUCACUGUUCCUCUUAAGGAGUCUCCCGAUGUCUUAGGAGACUCAUUUGGGAUGGCCAAGCGUAGGUUUUUAUCGCUCGAACGUAGGUUAGAUAGGGAUUCUGUAUUAAAGGAACGUUACGUAAAGUUCAUGGAGGAAUAUGAGGUUUUGGGUCACAUGAGUGAAUUUCUGCCUUGCAGUUCAUUGCCGUCAUAUUAUUUGCCCCACCACGCCGUAUUAAGAGAGUCUAGCACGACUACUAAGCUUCGGGUGGUCUUCGACGCGUCAGCUGCCACUACGUCGGGGAAAUCGUUUAACGACAUCCAACUUAUUGGACCUCGGGUUCAGGAAGACUUAUUUUCCAUCUUACUACGGUUUCGCCAACAUAAAUAUGUAGUGUCAGCUGACAUCGAGAAAAUGUACCGGCAAAUCCUUGUGGACAAUGAUCAACGUCAACUUCAGUUGAUCUUAUGGAGGGCAGACCCAUCUAAGCCGCUUAAAAUUUAUUCUCUUAACACCGUGACUUACGGGACGUCAUCUGCUCCUUUUCUUAGCACACGGUGCCUCUUGCAGCUCUCACAAGAGUCUAGUCACAAACAAACACAGGACGCCAUCGCUAGGGACUUUUAUGUAGAUGAUUUCCUGUCUGGCUCUAAUUCUGUAGAAGAGACUGUGGCACUGUGUCGUAAUGUAACAGAUACGCUUAAAACUGCCCAACUUCACUUGCGUAAAUGGCAGUCUAAUAAAAAGGAGAUUCUUCAGGCUGUUGGUGAGGAUCCAUGUCAAAAAGAAUGUGUAGAUCUCAGCGAGAACGAGCUGUCUAAAACAUUGGGUCUUAAUUGGAAAUGCGCUCAAGACAGUCUUACGUUUCGCAUAGACAUCUCGUUGCCAAAGGUAGUGACUAAAAGACACAUUCUUUCGGCCAUAGCCCAAAUCUUCGACCCUUUAGGAUUAGUAACGCCUUGUAUAGUGCAAGCAAAAAUACUAAUGCAGAAACUGUGGGUGAACAAAUGCUCCUGGGAUGAUCCUCUUACAGGAGACAUACUUACAUCCUGGGAACACUUCGUAAAAUCUCUGCCUUAUCUUAAUCACAUUCAUAUACCUCGCUGGGUCAUAUGCGAUACUCCUACGGUAGUUGAUUUCCACGUUUUCACUGAUGCCUCGGAGAAAGCAUACGGAGCUUGCCUGUACGUCCGCUCCGUGGCCGGGGAUGGCUCAGUGAGUGUUCAUCUACUAGCGUCUAAAAGUAAAGUUGCGCCAAUUAAGGCCACAACUAUACCUCGUCUUGAGCUUUGCGGGGCCUUAUUAGGUGCAAGACUAUAUAAAAAGGUUCUUGAGUCACUUACCCAGAGACCAGAUCAUUGCGUGUUUUGGUGUGACUCGAUGAUAGUCAUGGGUUGGUUAUCGUCAUCACCUUCUUCAUUGCGUCCUUUUGUAAAAAACCGGAUAUCAGAGAUCCAGGAAAGCACCAAUGCCGCUAGUUGGCGCUACGUGCCCUCAAAAGAGAAUCCUGCAGAUCUGGUGUCUCGAGGUUUAGGUGCCGACCUCAUAAUGAACUGUUCGUUAUGGUGGUCGGGGCCAUCCUUCUUGAAGCAGGACAUGGCCUACUGGCCGACUGCUCCAAAGUCUGGUAACCAGUCUCAACUGCCAGAGAUAAUACCAGCUAAAUCAUGCGUCAGGUUAAAAGGUGAAACAGUGCAACCAGUUAUGGGUAACUUGCCGAAAGAAAGGUUGCACCUUGAAUAUCCGUUCCUUGAAACAGGCACCGAUUAUGCCGGUCCAAUUCUUAUAGCUGACCGCAAAGGUAGGGGAUGUAGGCUCGUAAAGGCCUACAUUUGCAUAUUUGUGUGUUUAGCAUCCAAGGCACUUCAUUUGGAGCUUGUUUCGGAUUUAACCAAAGAGGCUUUUAUGGCAGCUCUAAACCGAUUUAUUGGUCGUCGUGGCAAGCCAAGAGUAAUAUUCUCCGAUAACGGCACGACCUUUGUUGGCACUUUCAAUGAGCUCUCCAAUCUUUUGAAACAAGACUUUGCGAAAGAUAUGGCUGACGCUCAAAUCAACUUCUCGUUCAUCCCAGCAUACACACCUCACUUCGGAGGUAUUUGGGAAUCUGCUGUAAAGUCGGUAAAGUACCACCUGCGACGAACCUUAGGUCUUACACAUCUCACUUACGAGCUAUUGGCAACGUGCUUAGUUAAGAUCGAAGCGAUUUUAAACUCACGUCCUCUUACGCCACUUUCUAAUGAUCCCUCUGAUCUAACCUUCUUAAGCCCAGCUCACCUUUUAAUUGGAAGGCCCCUCACGUCCUUGCCUUAUCCUCAUGUCAUGGACCGGAAGAUCACCUCACUUCAAAGGUACCAACGUAUUGAGUUCCUGAAACAGCACUUCUGGAAUCGGUUCUCCAAUGAAUACAUCAGCAGCCUGCAACAGAGAACCAAAUGGCAGAGCUCGAAGGGCACACUUCACGUCGGAACCAUGGUCGUCAUCAAGGACAAAACCUUACCGCCUCUUAUGUGGCUCCUUGGCCGCAUCAUCCAAGUGCUGCCUGGCAGAGAUGGCAUCGCACGAGUAGCCGACAUAAAGACGAAGAAGGGAGUAAUUCGUCGAGCCUUCAACACGAUUUGCCCUCUGCCCAUCCAAGACCUUGAAGACCCAAGCUCUUCAACGCCGGGAGUACAUGUUGGCGACAGAUCUGCCGACACCUCGAAUUAA